CAACAAAACGUGGACGAGUUAUGAGGCAACUAACCUCCGAUAGGUCUGAGGAUUUAUAGCCCGCAGCGUGACUUUAAAUCACACUGGGACUUGUUGACGUGCUGCGAGUGUAGCCGACAUCUGAAAAUAUUCAUGUCAACACGAAAAGAGUGCUGCAGGCAUGGAGCAGAGGUGAGAGUUUAUCCAUGGAUGUCCAGUCACACUCCUGUAGUGCAGCAGCAUGAUAAACUCACCACAGACUCUGUCGUAGCCGCCAUCUAUCUAUUCAUCGCCAUGGUGAAGAAGAGCUGCUGGACCUUGACUCUGUUGCCAUGGUGACCCUGUAGCAAGCAACAGUCACUAUGGGAACGUCCAGGAUGUUCCGCGUCUUCGUCGUCCUGGGCUCGGCCUUCAUGAUCCUCCUGAUCAUCAUCUACUGGGACGACGUCGGAGCCCCCCAUCUCUAUUUACACACUCCAGUCUCACCGGGCCCCAAAACCCCACACACCGCUCCUCAUCAGCAGCCCCAAACCUCCCGGACCCCGUCCUUCCUGAACGACAUCGAUGCCUUCGUAAACCAGUUCUUGGAGCCGGGAACUGGCGAGCCUACAGACCCCGUCCCUGCUGACACAAGCAACCAAUCAGAGAAAGCAGAGGAGCGGUAUAUUCCGCGGCGGGAGUGGAAGAUUCACCUGACUCCAGUGGCAGCCGAGCUCCGUGAGAGACAGGAGCAGCGGCGGAGGUUGCUUCAGGAGAUGUGUGCUAAUGACAGCGUGGUGUUUCCUGGCAAGAACCGUUCGUUUGAUGACAUCACCAACAAGGAGCUGGAUCACCUUAUUGUAGACGACAGGCAUGGAAUCAUCUACUGCUAUGUUCCCAAGGUAGCGUGCAGUAACUGGAAGCGCAUCAUGAUAGUUCUCAGUGAAAGCAUGCUGCGGGACGGUGUUCCCCAGAGAGACCCGCUGGCAAUCCCAAGAGAACUGGUGCACAACAGCAGCAUGCACUUCACCUUCAACAAGUUCUGGAAACGUUACGGCAAGUUUGCAAAGCACCUCAUGAAGGUGAAGCUGAAGAAGUACACCAAGUUUAUUUUCGUGCGCGACCCCUUUGUGCGCCUCAUCUCCGCCUACAGGAAUAAAUUUGAAAUGCGCAACGAGGACUUCUAUCGGCGCUUUGCACAGGUCAUGCUGCGCCGCUACGCCAACCAGCCGACACCUCCUGCCUCUGUGGACGAGGCGUUUGGCGUGGGCAUCCAUCCCUCCUUCUCCAACUUCAUCCAGUACCUGCUGGACCCUCAGACGGAGAAGGAGAUGCCCUUCAACGAGCACUGGCGGCAGGUGUAUCGGCUCUGCCACCCAUGCCAGAUUCAGUAUGACUUUGUGGGCCACCUGGAGACCGCGGAAGAGGAUGCUGAACACCUGCUGCGCCAGCUCCGGGUGGACAAUGUGGUGGAGUUCCCCACCUCCAGUAGGAAUCUCACAUCCAGCAGCUGGGAGGCCGAUUGGUUCAGCAAAGUGCCUGUUGAGGCUCGGAGAGAACUCUACAAGCUGUAUGAACCUGACUUCAGGCUCUUUGGCUACGACAGACCAGACUCGAUCCUCAAUGAGUGACUCAUGUUUCUACAGAACUGACCCCGCCACACACAGACAUGUUUUUUAUAUUAUGAGAUAAUGCUACUUUCCAACAACGGCGACACCUCCCCUUAUUCUGGGUUUGCAGAUGUGUCCUCCAGUCUUGUGUGUCCUACACUAAAUGUGCACAUUGUUAAGGACACAAAGCAAGCACACACAUAAUUAGAUAAAGCCAGGUUAAUACCCAUUAUCCAAUAUUGUUUUUCUUUUUAAAUGAUAAAGAUAACAAGAAGCACAUUUUCCUUUUAAAAUCACACGUUGAGAUAUUGAUUGUGCAAACAGCAUGUGUCCCUGACAGGUUGUACAUUCAGUGUAGUCUCUCAAAACUCCACGCCGAGGGUCGAGUACUCCCUACUUUGAUGUCAUCUCCCGCCUGUCAUAUGUGAUGUCACAGUUACAUUGUGACCAUAAACUGUAGAAAAAGAAGUGAACGUAGCCACCGUGAUGUCACCCAACAUUUUAAAGCCUUGAUUUUUGGCGUGUCACUAAUUUGUUUUCUUGAAGCUAGUUGGACAAGAGGAGUAAAGUCAUCCGCUUACAUUAGCUCGGUCAGUAAGGUGCAUCCAUAAUUCAUUUUAAUUGUGAUAUUCAUUGUGAUGCUAAUUUUGUCUAGCGAUACACAGGCCUAAAGCAAAAUCUACUUACCAAAAAUUUUAACAAGUUUUUUUGUAAUUUUUAAAGUGUUUUAAAGUAAUUUUUAAAGUGUUUCUAAAAUGACACUUUUAGGCGACUAAAAUGUUACUAUUAUCUUUCAUGAAGUAAAAAACAUUGUGAAAGGCUCACAGUUCCACACAAAACGCCAAAAGAAGUUCAUAACUAUAUACAGUUUCCUGAUUAAUAGUCACCCUUCAGCAUACCCUCCGUUAUUGCCUAUUUUAGGAAAGGCAAGGCAGGUUUAUUUAUAUAGCACAUUUUAGCAACAAGGCAAUUCAAAGUGCUUCACACAAGACAUUAAAAGCAUCACAACAAAGGGUAGAAAAACACAUUAAAAGAGCACAUAAAGAUCAUCAAAACAAAACCUUAAAAAUCAAAGAAAAUACCCCUAACAGCUAAAACAGAAGCUAAAAUAUAAUUUAAGUUAUAUUAGUGUUAAGAGUAAAAGUUUUACUCUAAAUGGGACCAUAAUUUACAAAAUUAAAAGAAAACUAUCGAUUUAGAUCAUAAAUGUGUUGGGGAAAUGUUUAUUGAGGUAAUAAAUCAAAUAAAAAGUAGAGUCAUUUUCUCAUACACCUCUAUACAAUAUGACUUCUCUUUACAAGCAGUGGAGUCGCCCCCUGCUGGCCAUUAGUAAGAAUCCAGGUGAAGACUCUUGCACGUAGUUCACUUAUCAGACACCAAGGCUUCGUCCACUUCUUUUAUACAGUCUGCGGUUGUGACUAACGGUGGCGCUCAUGCAGGCUUUGUAGCAGGAAGCCGAAGUGAUGUCACAGAGCCGUACUCUGUCUGCGAUGUCAUUGAACCCCUUUUGUUUGUGACACCAAUGCAGAUGCAGUGGACAGGGACAUGUGGGCAAUUGGUUAUAAAACAAGGUGUUGCUAUAUUAGUUUUAAGUGUAGUUGGACCAGAGUGUUAGUUGCCAUCUAAUUUAUUUCACAUUGUGUAAGUGCAAUGUUUUAUGUCGAGCAUGAAAGGGAUUUUUAUGUAUUUCAGCUAUCAACAUCAGAAACAGGAAGAAUUCUUCUAUACCUCAUACACAGGUUAAAGUGAGAUUUUAUUGAAGGGGGCUUGUAUGAAGUUUUUAUCCAGUCAGUGUGUUACCUACAGUAGAUGGCGGUUAGUUAGGACACCCCCAGUUUGGAGAAGCAGGAAGGAGUACCAGCACAGAACUUUUACAAUGUGCUCCUGUGGGAUGGUGGCAGCAGUAAAACCUUUCCACCAGAGCCGGUUCCUAACCAGUGCCUAAUUGCGACCGGUUCUUUAGUUUUUCACCGACAAAGAGCCGGCUCCUGGCCGGGAAAACUGGUUCAACAUCGGCAGCAACUCUUGACUCUCCCUGGUCUUGAACUGCGAACCGAUACGUUAGUGGCUGGGGGCGGGGCUAUCUGACCAACAAGACCAACUUGGUGCCGUUAGGGAGACCAACUAAAACGUAUAUCAUUCAUUUAUUUGAUUUGUUUAACUGCAAUGUGUUAUUGAUACGGGUGAGCUAGCGUGCUAAUGUUAGCGGGCGAUUGAUGGCUUACUAACGUUAGCAGGCUAGCGUUAGCUUACAACAAAGUCCAACAUUAACAUCUUAUGUUCAGUGUUAAUAAGAAUGUAUUUGGUACAUAGUGAUGAAGAUGAGCAACACAGAUGUGCUCUAGAGACAUGUAGUCUGCCGUUGCUAUUAUACUUGCUGAGAGGGCGGAGACCUAUACAGACGUUAGCAGUGACAUAAUGAUGUGGCUCUAUAGCCUGUGGACUUGUGGUUCACAAGUUGAAACAACUGCGAACCACACGAGCACUGGCUCCGAACCGGCCCGAAAAAGGGUGUUAAAGUGUAUGCUGUACUUAGAAUGUUUGGCUGCUUCACCUCACCAUCAGGUAGGUGUUUAAGUGUCUGUGUGGGAACUGAAGCUGUUCUGUGCUCACUUUAAACCACCAGACUCCAUUGCCGGUAGUCCUGCCUGCUUCUCCAAACUGGGGGUGUACUGACAGCCUUCUAGUGUAGAUGAAACGCUGAGUAUGAAAAAGUAGCUCAUAUAACCCCACUUUCAAAAAUCUGAACGAUCCCUGUAAGAGGACACUCAUGUUUAAUGCACCAUAACAACAAAUCCUGCUGCUUCUUUCUUCAGACCUGGCACAUUAUAUUUCAGAGUGGAGAAAUCCAUCAGAAUAUAAUAACAGAAACGUUUCUGACAACAUGUACGCAGCUUGUUCAUUUGUUUCAAAGCUUGAUAUUUUGUCAUAUAGAAGCACAGCAGCUCCAUUAGACUGCACAGCUGGAUUUCUCUCAGCUUGUCCUUGAGGCUGUGUCUUCAUUCUUUUCAUUUAUUUACAGCUGAAUGUACACAGGUAGGCGCCUCCGUACAUUUAGAGAAACUGGAAUUCAAAGGGAACAUUAUUUUAUUGAGUGUGUUUCCAUGACGCUGCCAUCAUCAGCAUUAUGUUUCCACACCCAAACAGUUAUUAACGCUGACUUGAAUUGGGUAACCCCCUAAGACUGCAGCAGUGUUUGAGAACAUGUUUUCUUCAGCGGCAGCAUUUUCAUUGGACGCAGUAUUUUGUAGCAAGAAGCUGAGCACAUUCUGUGAAGCCAAGUUCAAACAAGUUCAUGUUUUUUUCAGUAUUUGCAGAGAAGACGCAUUACUCCACACGUUGGGUUGAUGCAAGAUGAGGCUAUGCUAGUGUUAAUGUCAGAGUUUCCCAUGAAAGGUGGGAUCAUGUUGGAUCAAUCACAGCAUGAUCUGAGCAAGGAUCAGCCCGCAUGUUUUAUAUAUAGACAAGAGUGGGAAGAUAAGACAGUGCCUUUGGUUGCAAAAGUUUACACAGCAAAAAAAGUAUUUUUGUAGAAGGACAUUAUUUUUACUUUGAACACAAUACAGCAAGAACUGUAUGAAGCCACAAGGUGUAUUUGAUAAACUGGGGGCCUUGUUUUUCUUUAUUAUUCUUGGGAAAGAAUAGGAAACAGCAGAGCCCUUCAGCAGAAACUGUCUUUAUUGGAAUUUGUAUGAUUUAUGACUCUGUGAGGACUCUGUCAGUGUGCUCGUGUCCAGUGGAUUGUGUUGUGUGUCGUUUAACACGCAGGGUUACUGUGUGGUUUGUACUGUAUGUGAUUAUUCUGCAAGAUGUUCACACGAUCGUCUCACUGCCGUUUGGUUCGUUUGUGUUUUUGUGGAAGGCAUUUUUGACUCUGGAUAGGAUCGAAUUAUUCAGCAUCUAUGGCUGAUUUUCCCCAAAACAUCAGUCUAUGCUAAAAGAAGGGACACAUCUAUUCAUCACGCACUCAGAUUUUCAUAUCUCUCUGUAUUUUUGUUGUAUUUUCUUACAGUUCUAACCAUAUCAAGAGUUCUUGGCUGUAUUUUCUUUUAAAGUGUUAACACCUCUGUCAGAUGGAAUCACUUUCUACGGGAAAAGGAAAUGCUUAUUUAUUGUUAGAACUGGAAUUAAAUGAAAUUUAGAUUACAACUGGUGGUGGUACGUAGUUUUUGCCCGCAGUGAACCUUCAACUUUCUUCAAUUUGAACAGUGUAAAGGUUUGUUGAAGCUGCGGUGCCAUAUUUUUAUUUUCUACAUUUUGGCUUCACGCCAGUUUCAAAGAUUAAAAAGAGUCACAGACCUAAAAAGCCCUGAAUCAAUUUUUGUGAGUCAUGUUUUUCUAAAAUAUGUAUAAAUAUUUCA